ACCAAAUUCACCCCACCAAGCAACCCUAUUUUUUUUUUUCCCUUCUUCUUUCUCUUUCAUACAUAUUGUUGUUAGUAAGUACUAGUACAAUAUCAAUUACAUAUAUAUAUAUAAAUCAAAAUGGAUGGUACGUAUAUUUAUUUUUAAGGUCAUGAGUUAAGUUUAGUUUAGUUAGCCUAGACGUUUGCAUCAAUCGCUGGUAAUAAAAGGGUCUGUCCAAAAAUCCCCUCUUUCCCUAACGGAAAACACAUACACUCAUCUUCUCUUGUUUUCUUUCUUUUUUUUUUUUUUUCGUGUUUCUCCUCCCAUAUAUUCUUGUUGAUUUCUUCAUCAUUUUUUCCCUUUAUUAUCAACACCUUUUUCUUCUUUCACACCCCCCCUCCUUCUUUUAGCUAACAAAUUCACUUUGGCUUCAACUAAAUCAUUUUUGGGGGUUUGUUUUUUAGUUGGUUUUGGAUUGGUGAAUCUUGUAUUUUUAUGGAGUGAAAGUGAGGUGGGGUGUUGUUAUUGAUUUUGUUGUUUAACACAUAUAUAGAUCAUUUCAUAAAAGAGCUAGCAAGAGGAGAAAGAAAUAAUUCAAGAUCGAUCAUGUGUAGCAGAGGCCAUUGGAGGCCUUCUGAGGAUGAGAAGCUGCGAGAGUUGGUGGAAAAAUAUGGACCUCAUAACUGGAACGCCAUAGCUGAAAAGCUUCAAGGCAGAUCAGGUAAGAGUUGUAGGUUGAGAUGGUUUAAUCAGUUAGAUCCAAGGAUUAAUCGAAGUCCCUUCACCGAAGAGGAAGAAGAACGUCUCAUCGGUUUUCACAACAUCCAUGGAAACCGGUGGGCUAUUAUUGCAAGACAUUUUCCGGGUCGGACCGAUAACGCCGUCAAGAAUCACUGGCACGUUAUCAUGGCUAGAAGAUGCAGAGAAAGAUCAAAGAUGUUUGCUAGAAAAGCAGCAGCAAUAUCUCAUCAAUCAUCUUCAAGAAUAAACAAUAAUGAUCAUCAUCUUCAACAAAAACCCGAUUCUAGUUCCACAUUAUUGAAGCACUACAAUAAUAAUCAAGUAAUAACUACAAGUAAUGAGAAUACUUUUUAUUCUCAUCAAAGCCUUGAUCAAUGUCCUAUCAAAUUUGGCAGUUUCCCUCCAUACCUAAAGGUGUUAUUGUCACAAAAUCCUCAUCAUAUUCAUCAUAUGGAUGUUGAUGAAGGUUUAAAAGAUAGAAAUGCACCAAAGGAGUUUUAUGAUUUUCUACAAGUGAAUGCUGACUCUAACAGAAGUGAAGUGAUAGACAACAAUAACAAUAAUGCGAGAAAAGAUGAGGAGGAAGAGGUUGAACAAAUGUCAACGUUGGAGCAUUCUCGUCUUCACGAGGCAAAAACAAGUGAUGUGCCAUUUAUCGAUUUCUUAUCAAAGGGAGGUAAUUAGUUCAGAUUCUUCAAGUUAUAAAGAUCAACAAAUGAUCAUCAUGAAGAAGAUGAAGAUGUUACACAACAGCUAUGUUUCUAAUUUUUAUUUCUACUACCUAACUAGGUUAUAUUGUAGUUGUAGCAAACCAGCAUGCAUCGAUCCAUGCAUGCAUGCAAAAACCAGUUUACAGCUGACACAAAGAAGAAAGAGAAAUGAGAAAAAAUGUUAGAAAUUUAAUCAGCGAAAUUUGCUAAGAUAGUACUACCUAUCUCUCAAAAUUAUUGUUCAGUUUGAGAUUUCACUCUUAAUACAAUUUAAACUAGAAAUAAAAAUUCAAACUGGACAAUAAUUACGGGACGGAGGGAGUAUUAAUUAGUUUAAACCAAUAUGACUUUUGUUGUAUAAAGCAAGUGAAAUUGUAACUCCUGGAUUUCCAUUUGUUUCAUACUCAUCCAACAGUUUCAAUUCCAUUUGUAAAUUUAUUUGCUUGCACAUAUGCAUGGAUGGAUGAUUAUUGUUAAUUUUGGAGAACAAGUCG